AUCCCCGCAGCCCUGCUUGAGAGUGACGCUGUCCCGCCGCUGAUGAACUCCAUGAACCCCAUGAAACCAUCCACCCCACACGGUGAUGGUUCAUUUGCAUACGAGGCCGUUCCUUGGCAACCGAGCACCAAUCAGCCGGCAGGAUCCCUCUCCGUGGUAACCACCGUCUGGGGGGUCAGCAACACCUCCCAGAGCCAGGUUUUCGGCAGCCCCAUGGGCCCCGGGGGGAGCAGCUCCAGCACCCCCAUGCUGCCUGGGAUGGCUGGCACCAGUUCGGGGAUGAGCUCACCGCCGUUCCUGCCACAGCAGCCCUUCACUGAGGGGGCGACUGGGAAGGGUUACGUGCAACCGGGCAUCUAUGGCCGCAGUGCCUAUCCCAGCGGGACAGGCUUCACCGCCAGCUACACGGGUAGCCCCGGUGGCCCCAAUGGGAUGGGGCUGCCCUCGCAUGCCAGCCGGCCUCCUGCCGACUUCACCCAGGCAGCCGCUGCUGCUGCCGUGGCCGCCGCCGCCGCCACAGCCACAGCCACAGCUACGGCGACGGUGGCAGCGCUGCAGGAGAAGCAGAGCCAGGAGCUGAGCCAGUUCAGCACGAUGGGCGCAGGGCAGCCCUUUGGCAGCCAGUUCCUGCCCCACGCUGGACCCCGCGGUCCCACUGGCAUGAGCCCGGCUGGCAUGGCAGGUGUCAUGGCUUCCUCUGGUGUCUCCCCCAUCAGCAUGAGCCCCGUGCGGGCGCUGGGUGCCAGCCCCCUGUAUGGUGGGCAACGGGUGCCCCAGCACAGCUACCCUGCCCCCGCCCCGGGCCAGCAGCUCCCCCGCCAGGGCCUCAAGCGGGCGUACUCCAGCGAGGGAUAUGUGGCACAGCACUACCUCCAGGGUGCGCAGUAUGCUGCGGCAGGUGCCCAGUACGCCCCCAGUGCCCCCCAGCCCUCCGCUCCAUCCCCGUCCUACGCCAGCCACAGGCUGCAGCAGGGCAUGGGCCAGUACCUCUCUGCCUCAGGCAACGCCGGACCGUAUUACAAGCUGCCUGACCAGUUCAACGGACAGAGCACCGGCUUUGGCACCUACAGCCAGGCGGCCGCCAAUGGGCCAGGCCGCGGGUACCCCAGCUCGCCACUGGCCGGGAACCCCACGCCUCCCAUGACGCCGGGAAGCGUCAUCACCCCCUAUGCAUCGCCGGGUCAGGAUGUCAAGUCGCCCUUCCUGCCGGAUGUGAAGCCCAGUGUCGCCUCUCUGCACCCGUCCCCCUCGGGGCCGGCGCUCGGGGAGGAGCUACGCCUCACCUUCCCGCUGUUUGCAGACAAGGUUCCCAAGACAGCAGAAAACUUCCGUGCCCUGAGCACUGGUGAGCAGGGAUUUGGCUAUAAGGGGUCCUGCUUCCACAGAAUCAUUCCUGGGUUCAUGUGCCAGGGUGGAGACUUCACACGCCACAACGGUACUGGUGGCAAAUCCAUCUAUGGGGAGAAGUUCCCCGAUGAGAACUUCAUCCUGAAGCACACAGGCCCUGGCAUCCUGUCCAUGGCCAAUGCUGGCCCCAACACAAACGGCUCCCAGUUCUUCAUCUGCACUGCUAAGACUGAGUGGUUGGAUGGCAAGCACGUUGUCUUCGGUCGUGUCAAGGAGGGGAUGAAUGUGGUGGAAGCCAUGGAACGCUGUGGCUCCAAAGAUGGCAAAACAAGCAAGAAGAUCACCAUUACUGACUGCGGGCAGCUCUCAUAAACCCUUGUCUUAACAACUGACCAUUCCUUCAGCAGCCCGGGCACUGUGCCCUGCUGCAGCUCACCCUGUCCCACCCCACUCCUGACUUACUGCUGCAUUUCUAUGGGGUCUCGGCCCCAUGUGCACGGUCCAACUGGGCUGCAGUUACCUUGUAUGAGUCUAAAUAAAACGAGUUAAACCACA